GCUUCAAUCAGCACUGCUGAAAAGAGAAGUACCCCGGUAUAUGAAAAGGAAUAUAGAGUUGCCGAAAAAAUACUUCCAUUAGAAUAUGUUUCGAGUAGUUUCAGAGAUGCUAUACAGCCAUCAAUCGAUAAUUUUGUGGAGAUAGGAAAAGCAUUGAAUAUUCGUGUAAAAAAGAAUAUGCAAACUGACAUAUAUCUAGUUCUUGAUAUGAUGGAAACAUUAAAUCUGAAUAUGAGUAACUUUGAAGAAAUAUUUAAACUCGCUAGUAAAAAAGAUCCUGCAUUUGGUGAUCUGCUUCAUUCAUUGCGAGCAGUUGCUAUACGUUCUUUUCCAGAGUUCUUGGAUGAAAUUAAGGGCCAUCCCACUAAACAAUCUGGCCUUCCAAAUGAUGGUACUGUACAUGAAUUGACAAUUACAACUUUACAACACUUGAAACGACUAACUGAUUACCCAGAAACUAUUGAAUCAACUUUGUUAACAUUGGGUGAUGGUAAUUGGAAUGCUUCAGAGAAAGAUCCUAAUUUCUCUCGAGAUAGGAACGGGAGAAUUUCUGGCAAUGCUGUCAUGAAGCAUUAUUUCGCUGAUGUUUUGGAUUGUUUAGCCCAAAGCCUUGAUAGUAAAUCAAAACAAUAUAAAAAGCCCGCGUUGACCGCUAUCUUUUUACUAAAUAAUUAUUAUUACAUAUUAAAAUCUAUAAGGACUCAAUUCAUGUCAGUUCUGGAUCCAGAGGUUGAGUCCAAAUUUGAUAAAAUGGUGAAAAAGUGGAAUGAUGCAUAUCAGGAUACAUGGAAACCAUGUUUCUCUAAUCUUAUGGAUUAUACAUGGGUCCGCGGUGGUGCUUUAAAGACUACUUUAGGUUCAAAUGAAAAACAAACUGUCAAAGAAAAAUUUAAGAAUUUCAAUACUGAAUUUGAUGAACUUUACAAAGUUCACAAAGGUUACGCGAUGCCUGAUCUUGAACUCCGUAGCCAAGUUAUAAGAGAUAUUAGAGCUGUUUUGAUACCUAUGUAUAAUCGUUUUUUGGAAAA